GACGACGACGACGACAUGACUCGCUCACACAGCAAGAACAACACCGCCUCGUCUGUAUUCUCCUAUGCCGAAUAUAAGAAACUCGACUAUGGUACAAAACGCCAGCGGCUAGGAGUGGACAGCAUGCGCCCCUUCUCCGCAUGCUCGCUCUGCCUUUCUCGGGCAAGGGAUCCUGUCUGCUGUUCGCAGGGGCACCUGUAUUGUAGGGAAUGUGUGCUGGAGGAUUUGGUAGCGCAGAAGAAGGAGAUGAAGCGCUGGGAGAAGAGAGUAGGGGAGUGGGAGAGGGAGGAAGAGGCUGAGAGGCUGCGAGCACGCGAAAGGGCUAGGGAGAGAGUGGUGAGGGAGUUUGAGAUGAGUCAAGUGGGCAUUGGUGGGAGUAAAACUGCUAAUCCAGUGUCUGAUGGUGCCGAACCUAGAGGCACUAAACGGAAAUUCGACCUCUCCAGCACAGACGUAGAGCACAUGGCUGCCGAAGCCGAAGCCGCCGCUCUAAAGCAAAUAGAAGCAGAGCAAUCCGAGGCUCGACGGCCGAAGCUGCCCGACUUUUGGCUGCCUUCGCUUACGCCUGAUGCGCCUGUUGGGCCGCUGAGGGAGAUUAAGAUGGAGACGAUGUGUCGUGCUGGGAUGCCGGGGCAUCGGAUGACUCUUAAGGGGCUUAUUCCGGUCCUGUUUACUGUUGAGCGGGUGGCCGACGGGAAUGGGAGUGGGGGUAGCACUGGAAACGGGAAUGGGGAGGGGAAGAGCAAGGCCGAAGACGUAUACAUCUGCCCGUCAUGCAAGAAGACACUUGGUGCAUCAUCCCAAGCAAGCGUGGUCAAAUCUUGCGGCCACGUCAUCUGUAAGACGUGUAUUUCCGAGCUCGUUCGCCCCUCUGGGCAGUGUGUGGUGUGCGAGGGCAAGGCGGGGGAGAAGGGGGUGGUGAUGCUUAAUCGUGAGGGGACGGGGUACGCUGCUGGUGGAAGAGCGGAGACGAGUGUGAAGGGUAUAGCUUUCCAGGGUUGA